AAAAUUUCCUUCUCUUCUUGAUACUAAAACCUAACCGGCGAAUUCGAAUCUUCUCAAAACUCACACAAAUUAUUCUCAUUCUUUGAUCUCUUCUCUCUCGGAAAAAAAGACAUGAAGCGAUGGACAAACUUAGGGUUUGUUGAUACGAUUUAUGAAGACGAAGACUACGUAGAUCAUCACUCUUCUUCUUUAUCUUCUUCUUCUUCAUCUUUGUCUCUUUCUCCUAAACAACCUAUCAAUCUCUCUUCUUCUCCUUCAAUGGAGCUUGAAUCUCGAGUCCAUAAAUGGUCGUUGGCUAAUAACUCUAAACCUGAUGUAUUCGUAAAUGUGGGAGGCACAAGGUUCCAUCUUCACAAGGAUCCUCUGUCAAAGAGUGGCUAUUUAAAACGCCACCUAACGGGCGUUAACGAAUUAACUCUCUCACCGCCGUUAAACAUAACGGCUGAAACGUUUUCGUUAGUUGCCGGUUUCUGUUACGGCGCUCACAUUGAGUUAACGCCGUCCAAUGUCGUUUCGUUGAGAAUCGCCGUGGAGGUUCUUCUGAUUACGGAAGCUGACGACGGAGGAAGAGUUAGAGAUAGCUUGAGGAACUUGACGGAGUCUUAUCUCCGACGAGUCGUCUUCGUAAACGUUGAUUACAUUCAGAUCGUUCUCCGUUCGUGCCUUCUUCUUCUUCCGGAGUCUGAAACGACGGCGUUUCUGAUCGGACGUUGUGUAGAAGCUUUGAUGGAAAUCGGAGACGGUGAUUGCGUUAACGAGUUUCUAGAAGAAGCUGUUAAACUUCCCGCCGGCGAUUUUAACGUCGUCGCUGACGCCGUGCAGCAGCGGUUCCCGCGUCACGAUUUGCUUUAUAGAAUCGUUGAUGCUUAUGUGAAGGUAAAAAGGGAACAUGACGGAGAGAUGACGGAGGAAGAGAAGGUUCAGAUAUGUAAUUCGAUAGACUGUGACAAACUCUCGCCCCCUUUACUACUUCACGCUGUUCAAAACCCGAAAAUGCCCCUGAGGUUUAUAGUUCGGGCGAUGCUACAAGAGCAGCUCAACACUCGCCACUCGAUCAUGGUAGCUGCUGUUGCUGCGUCCUGCGCGGCUCCUACUGGUGUUCGACACAGAGAGAUUGCCACAGAGGCGAGAGACUCCUCCGUGACGCUUGGAUCGCUCCUCCAGCGAGAUACGGCGGCGAGGCAAAACUGUCGGCUAAGAGCUGCGAUGAAUUCCACAAGCUCGAGGAUUGAAAGCCUAGAGAAAGAGCUCGACACAAUGAAGAGAUUCCUAUCGAAAGAAUCAGAGAAGCAGAAAUCGGACCGGAAUAUCGUGGAGUCGAGGUCAAGAAGCGUGAUGGAUUCUGCUCGAUCCGCGAGUUUCCAUUGCGUUCACCAACCGAGUAACGUAAACAAGACGCAGAGAGGCGAUAGAGGUUCUGUUUCAAACCUGAGCACAACUUACCGGCGAAGAAGAGCAUCUCCACCACAAGCACAACCGCAGAAAAGUAUCGGAAAAAGACUGAUUAUGGGAAUAAAGAAUGCUUUCUCUACAUCAUCCAAACAAGUACCCAAGAAAAAUGCAUAUGCAGUAGAGGAGAUUUAUGAUGGAUUAGAAGACUUCGUCUGGAUCAAAGACGACAAUGAUGACAACAUCUCUGAAGAACUUCACUCUCACUACAUUAAGAACAAAUAAUCUCUCUCUACUCUACAUAAUAAUUUCAUAAUCUUCUUUCAGUAAAAGUUUUGUAGCCAA